AUGUCGAGCCACGCGAGAUCCUUCAGCAUCUCACGCAAGGCCAGCAAGAACGGACCCUCAACAGCCAUCGUCCUUGUCGGCGGCCCUAGUCGAGGAACACGCUUCAGACCCCUUUCCCUCGAUGCGCCGAAGCCGCUCUUCCCCAUUGCAGGCAAACCCAUCAUCUGGCAUCACCUCGAGGCGCUUUCCAAGGUCAAGAGCGUCAAGGAAGUCCUGCUCAUUGGUUUCUACGAGGAACACGUCUUUCGCAAUUUUAUCCGCGAAGCCGAAGCUGCAUUCGGCGGCUUCAAUGUCAAGUACCUGCGAGAAUAUCAGUCUCUCGGUACUGCUGGUGGUCUCUACCUCUUUCGUGAUGCCAUCCUCAAGUCGCAACCCAACAACAUCAUCGUCAUGCACGCUGAUAUCUGUUGCUCAUUCCCACUGCAAGAGAUGCUUGCCAUGCAUGAAGAGAAACAGGCAGUUGCUACCAUCCUUGGCACGCGUGUCGCUGCAGAUGUAGCCACCAACUUUGGUUGUAUCGUGCAGGACUCUGCCACCAGCGAAGUGCUGCACUAUGUUGAAAAACCAGAAUCGCAAAUCUCCAACAUGAUUAGCUGUGGUGUCUACAUCUUUGAUGAGUCCGUCUUUUCUGCCAUCAAGGAUGUGAUGCAGGUACGGGAAGAGGAGAAGAGCGCAAAUCUCGAUCCAUUGCAUGAAUCAGAUGAUCGCUUGCGACUGGAGCAAGAUAUUUUGACACCCCUCUCGCAGACUAAGAAGAUGUUUGUCUUUGAGACAAAGGACUUUUGGCGUCAAAUCAAAACGGCUGGCUCUGCUGUGCCUGCCAAUGCACUCUACUUGACAAAAGCAGAGCAAGCCAACCCCGGCGGCCAAAAACCCUCUCAGCAGUGCGAAUUGCAAUUGCCAGUCUACAUUCACCCAACAGCAACCGUUGAUACAAGUGCAAAACUCGGUCCGGGUGUAUCGAUUGGCGCGAAUGUUAAGAUUGGUGCAGGUGUGCGGAUCAAGGAUGCAAUUGUCUUGGACAAUGUCGAUGUCAAGGCACACGCCUGUAUCUUGCACUCCAUUAUCGGCACAGACUCGCGUGUCGGUGCUUGGGCGCGUGUCGAGGGUACACCGACGGCUUCUGGUCAACACAACACCACCGUCCUCAAAAAUGGCGUCAAAGUGCAGUCCAUCACAGUGGUGGCAAAUAAUGUCGUUGUGGGUGAUGAAAUCCGGCUGCAAAACUGUAUUGUCUUGCCGCAAAAGGAACUCAAAGGUCGUAACUACACGUCUGAGGUGAUCAUGUAG